AUGUCUUGUUUAGGUGUUGUUGCAAGUAUUUUCAAUCCAACAACUUUCUACUCAGAGUCCAUGCAUGCUAUUAUGGAAGGAAUGAGAAGGUGUGUAAAAGAUAUAGAGCCAUACAUACAGGCUUCAAUCACAAUCAUGAUCAUCAUUUUCAUCUUCCUCAUUGUCAACACAAUUGGCUCAAGUUUUUCACCUGUAAUUACUGUCAAGCCAGGUUAAGCAUACCCUCCAAGAUUCCAUUGGUGAAUUUAUUAUUAUUCCAAAGUUGAAUCUGUUGGUGGUUUUAGAUUUCAAUUCAUCUCCGCAUUCUUUCAUGUGUUAUGAGCAGUGAAUUCACACAUGGUGUUAUGAAAUUUAUACCAGCUCAGUUUCCUUGAAUUUGAUAUACCGGUACAUCUGUAAAUGUCUUGGAAGCAAUUCUAUCUAUUCAAAGAUUUUCAAUUUGAACAAAUACAGAUCAGUGAUCACAAAAAAUGCACUGCUCAUUGUGUUUGUAGGAAUGCAGAUUUGAAUUUGAUACUGGUUGCAACACAGACUAACAGAUUAAUUUUUUUUUUCAAAUAAUCAAUUCAUUGAUGGAAUCUAUGAGAGCACGCUUGACCUGGCUUGAUUGUAAUACUCAGCUUUCCAUUAAUUGUUUCAGUUUCGCAGACAUGUUUUCAUCCCAGAUUCAAGUGCCUGACAUAAGGGCUAUCUUCUACAUACCAGCUGGUGGCCACAAGCCAGCUAACUAGCAGCCCACACAAGAUCACCUCUUCCCUGAUGUGUUGCUUGUGGCCACCAGCACCCGUGCCUGAAUUAAAGGAGUUCGUCUGUCUUUAGGACAAAGACAUUUUUAAUAUUACUUUUUUUGUAAUUUGCAAUACAGUCAAACCUCUAUUAACCCUUUAAACCCCAAUGUCCACAUACAACUUCUCCAAACUGAUCUCCAUACAUUUCCUUUAAGAAUUAGUUGAGAGAAUUAAUAAAACAUCAAGGCAUUUUCCCUUUCAUGAUCAUUUUUUAUAUUCUCACAACCUUAUCUCUUGACAAUGUAUGGACAUUGUUAGGAGAAAAUUGAUGUUGGUCACUAUUGGGACUUAAAGGGUUUUAAAAGCGGUCACCCUCGGGAAUUAGCUUAAUAGAGGUUGACUGUUUAACAGAGGUUGUCUUAAGCCCAUAAUAGGGACUUUAAGAUCCAAUGACGUGAUGGUGACAAGAACGUCGCUUAAAAAGUGAAUUUGCGUUCUUUCAGUCUUAAUAGCGAUUAUUCCUACCCACUUACUUUGUCAGUUGUAGACGAACCCUCCUGAAGCAGAAUUUCAAGGGACCAUAGCCAAGCUCAGAAAGAGAAAUAAAUUUUGUCAUUGCUAGUUACGUCCUCCAUAAAAUGUGAAAUUAGGCAUUUUCACGUUGUAGUCGUGCAAAAAUGGGAAAGAAAUGUAGAAAAAAGUGUGAUGCACGUGUUUUGCCUAUUAAACCGAUUGUUUUUUUGAUGUUCUUGUUGUUGUCCACGUCGUUGGAUCUUUAAGUCCCUAAUGUGAAUUUUAUGCUGGGACAUACUUGGGGCAAAAAUAUCUCAGUUUACCUGUUUAAUGCUAUUUGUAUUUAUAGAACAGGGUUUGCACAGUCUUGAAAAGUCCUUGAAUAUUAGGGGAAGUCCUUGAAAGGUCCUUGAAUUCCUUUUUACUUGAAAAGUCCUUAAAUUUCUAUCCAAGUCCUUGAAAAGUCCUUGAAUUUUCUUCUACUUUGAACGUAGUGACCUGGAAAGUGUUUUUUUAUGUUUUUUGUUGUCCAAGACAGGAUAUGAUGAAUAAUAGCUCAGAGAAUUUAAAGGUUACUUACAGAACGUGCUCAAUGUUUUAUGCAAUAAUUAACUAUCAAUUUAAGACAAGUGAACUGAAAAAUGUAGAGAAGUUGGUGAAACAAACUGUUCGAGCCUAAAAGCCUUAUUAGAAUAGACUGGGAAUGUGCAUUUUUGUAGAAUCUGUAAAAUUAUAUUCCUUGUAGGUGGUCCUUGAAAAUCUAAUGUUGUCCUUGGAAAAUGGUUGCAAUUUAUUGCAUAAACCCUGUAGAAGAAUAUCAUACUUACUGCUUAUCAGAAUUGUUUUACUUUAUCAGUAGAAUGUACGAUACAGGCCACAGGGAUUUAGCCUGUGACCAUUUUUAUUUGUUUCUUUUAAUUAUUAGUAUUUUUUUUAAAUAUUUGUUAUUAGACAUUUUUUAAGUUAACCUUUGUUUAUAAAAAGACAUCUGCUAGGGGCAUACAUGUACAUGUGUGAACGCUAUGGUGAAAGAUCCAGUGAUUCAGCAAACUGCGAUAUGUUUUGGGAUUAGUUUCUUGCUGAACAAAUCCCAGUUUCUGAAAGAGCUGGAUGCUUUGCUGGCGAAGAGUUCAAAUGUUCUCCCCUUUUUGAUCUUGUGACAUUUUUUUUCGCUUGUAAAUAAUGCUGUGGUAAUUUUUUUGUAACAUUUUUUACCUCUAUCCAAUAUUUAUCUCUUGUACACAGGGAACGUGAAGAGGCCAAGUUUUUUUGGGGGGGGUUCUGUAAAUGUCUCUUCUUUUUUAAUGAAACUUUACCUUGGAAUAUUAGGAAAGCGGUUUGAGAUUUGCAUGACGACUUCAACACGAUCGAUUUUAACUAUAUUAUAGGAGCAUUUUGUGUAUGGUAAGGCACUAAGUAAUUACUUCAGCGCAGAAUUGACCUGAAACAGCAAUAUCCUCGAGACAUAGAAAAAGCUAAAACGUUUUUGUUGGUCUCUAAUAUGACAGGUGUGGCAUGAAAAGGUUGGUCACAAUGACAGCAUGGUGUACCCAACCAGGGCCAAACAAUAGUUGGCUGGUUGACUGGUUCAUUAAUCCUGUGUUGCUUAAUGGCAUGAUCAAAGACAUGGGUACCAUGGAGAGAAUGUUGGAGCAAACGGAACCUGAAUUGUUGGACUACACCAUAGUCAGACCAUGCGGAUUGUUCAAUGGUAAGCUUGUAUUUUCUGAAAAUUCACCAAAUAUUAAUGAAUAGUAAACAAAGGAAAUUACUACCAUGUGCGUGGUUCGGAAGUGCCUCAAAUCACAGCUCCCCUAACGGAAUGGCGUGAGCUAUUUGAUAUUCCAUCCACAAUUUGCGGUCUUCCCAUGUAAUUGUGGUACGUACGUUACCGUAAAAUAUUGUGGACUCAUCACUUGGAAUUUAGUUAGAAUAACUGAUAGCUAAUACUAUAAUGAUAAUAGUUUAUAGUCAGGACACUGUACUGAUCAAUUGACUAGAGUGGAUUCUAGUUGUUGACGACUUGAGUCUAGUGGAGUAUUGAGUAUUGUAGAGUAUUGUUGGUUGACUUCUUUUUUUUAUCUCUUUUUUAAAAAAAGCCAAAGUAUACCUUUUUUCAACAAUCGAAAAAAGUGUCCAGGUUUCAAUUCUAAAUUCUUGAAGUUUUUGACUCAACUUACUUUGCUCAUAGUGUUGGCCAUCUCCGAGUUCCUUUAACUCGCACGAUAUGCAUGUAGAACUGUUUUGAGUAGUCCAUGACGUUUUUUUCCCUCUCCGCUAAGAUGACAGAGAAAAGGAGCGAGAAAGACAAUAGAAAACCAACUGUCAUACAAAGAAAAGGUGACGGAACGAACAAUAGCGGAAUCUCGCGUGAUACUUUAGACUUCCAACGUAUAAAGUCGGCGGACACUCUUUGGGAGUAGGGACUUUAAGAUAGGUCACCACGGUAGGCUGGGACGGUUGAAUGCGUAUACGGGCGGCCUGGUGCCAUGACGGUAAGAAGCCGCGAAAAUUUUCAAUUUAAGAUCGGACAACAAAACAGGACGGUGAAGUCAUGUGCUAAACUCGCUUGUCAUUUCUUUCGCAGAAGGCUCAAUUACUGAAGAAGAGUUUCUUAUUUUAUACGAAGAAUACCAAUCAGAGGAAUAAGGGUACAAAUUAAAGCUAGCUAGUUUUCAAAACUGUAGUCGAUGUUUUUAUUUGAACUUUCCUUUCCUCAGCCAACACCUUUUGAGUUAUAAAGAAAUCUUUUCUUGGUAAAAAUACAGUUUUAAGUUGUAAAAAAGACGGCUACAGUCAUCACUGUUAGGCCCAGUUGAAACGUCGAACUUCUCAUGUGCCGAAACUCACCUGUUUAAAGCAUUCUAGACCAUUGAACAUCGUGAAAAUUCGACUACACUUUAUUCACACUUAAUUCGACUACACUUAAUUCGACUACACUUUAAGUUCGACGCCCGAAUCAACCUCGAACCAUUUGGGUCGACCUAAAUAGGUAUUAAGUUAGGUACAUGAAAAGAUCAACGUUUGAACUGAGCCUUACCUUUCUUUUCGGCAAUUUUCCUCUGCCAUGGCGGACGACACUAGGUAGAAAACAAGCAGUCGCCAUGCGGCCGCGAGCUAAGUUAUGAAUGAACUCAGACAUUUUGCUUUUUUUUUUCAUUUCACCGAUAGGUAAAUCAAUGUAAACACAAGCCAACGCAUAUUUAACCCAUUGGCUACUCAGUUUUAGAAGAAAAGUGACAAUAGGUAUGCAUGAACUCUUAUCGGUUUCACCGUUGUCUUCACGACGAGAAACCCGGCGAAAACAUACCGUCCCAGAAGGACGACGGUAAAAGGUCACGCGUGUUUUGCGUGACGUGACAUCUAUCUAACCGUCCCAGGCGACCGUAGUCACCUAUCUUAAAGUCCCUAGUGGAACGACAUUGAGGACGACUGCAAUGUAUGAGUCGUGCUCAACAAAAUUAGAAGGCACUUAAACUUCUAGAAGAAAACCGUGUUCUUCUUGUUCUACUGUCUAUUUCUUUUUUGCGAUAGCACUGACAGUUUUAACAAAAAUUUCGGCCUAAUUUUCUUGGAAAAUCGCGUGCGUGCGACGGAGAAUAUCAUCGUGUUAUGUCCAUGCUCUAUACUCGCAUGGACCAUGGUUCUCAAUCAAUCAGUGCCCGGGAAAUGGCUUAGUUAUUGUAAAAUGCUGUUUUCUUUUGGAGUAGAAAAGUAUAAAUAAAUUAGAAUUAAUUAUACAUGAAAUAACUUUUCGUGCUUUUUACUGAAAACUAGUUGUUCGAAGGAGCAAUUAUUGCCAAGAAAUGUCUAAAGCUCGAGAAAAGCUUAAACAUUCGCAGAUAACAGUCCCAUUUGUCUAAGAUAUUCGAAGUUUUUCUACCAUCUUACCUACGAUUUUCUGAGGAUGUGUUUUUCACAUUUUAUCACCAAUAUAUGAUGAUUACGUAUUGCUAAAAAAGGUCUCCUGAAAAUUUCGGUGUAAUGGCAAAAACGUCCCUUAGAAUUUUCCGAUGAAAGUACGGUUACUCCAUGUUCUCGAACUUUCGACCAGACCCAUCAGGGAAGCUAUCAUUUUCGAAUGAGUCGAAAAAGCCACCCAACACUUUCGAAGCUACCAAAGUUCCCCCAUGCAUCCAAGCAGAUAAAAAUUUCUUUAGGGCAGUAACCAAACAGCCUUCUUAAUCAUUGAGAAAACCAUUUGACACACGUGUGACGUACAAUAGAACCUCGAUAACUCGAACUCCCCGCUAAGUCGAACUGAGGCCGUUUCCCUUGGCUUGCACCCCCCUUUGGGUCAUUUUUACUUGGUUAAGUGGAACUCAGAUAGGUCGAAUUCCACGCUAAUUGGAACUAAAUUUCCCUUGCCUUGACCAAAAAUUCACUGAAACUUCUCGAUAACUCGAAUUCUUUAAACCCCACUCGGAUGCCAUCCCACCAGCUCUCAUUGUUGUAUAAUUGGUAAAAACACUAAAACUAACCCUCCUGCAAUUUGCUGUUAAUUGGUGCAACGAACAGAUCACGUUUUAUGGUAAAAAUGCAUAAUCAUGUCACCGCCGUUUUUGAUGAAAUAAGUAAAUUUGCACUGUACUAUACUCACGGAACUGCUGAAAAUCAGUAACUAUCCGGCAAUUAUAAGUCGCAAAUUUAAUAUUUAAUCGAUUCCGAUAACUCGAACCACCGCUAACUCGAACUGUUUGUCGUUUCCCAGAGUUCGUGUUACCGGGGUUCUGCUGUAUUUGGAAACAGUCGGUCGUGCCCCUGAUUUAAUUUCAUUUCAUUGGUGAUCUUGAAACAAUCCGUGCGAGAAGAAGGUAUUGAAAUAUAAUUUUAGCAUCCUUUGACCGGAAAACGGAAUAAGCCACUUGACAUUGCCAAGUUAUCUCUAAUAUCAACAAGCGGUUUUAAAUCUGAUAGUGCUAUAAUACUGAGAAUCUUUUUAAAAGGAGACAUUUUGUCUUUGUUGACUAGUUUUUGAGUGAUAUUAACAGGAAAGAGUAGAUGCUGAUAGAUAAAUGGGCUUCAGGUGUUAAAGAGGCAAGAUCGCUCUAUUGAGGCAAUCUUGGCACGCACUUACCUAUCAGAUAUCAGAAUUGAGGGUCUCAAUAUAUGGGGCGAAGGCAUUUAUGGUUUUAACGGCAGGAGCUUAUGUUAACGAUGAAAAUAUCGGUUUCUUUUUACAGCUGACAGUCAUUCAGUUUCUUUGCUCAUUUGUAAAAAAAAUUGUGCUUUAGGAGUUUUUGUAUCAAUUUCCAUUGUUGCAAAACACAUCUUUCAGGACUUUCCCGAAUUAAAAGGAAAAGGCUGAGAUUUUUGGCCGUUUUAUGGCUAACAGUCAACCCCAGGAGCCUCACCCCCCAUGGAGACCCUCAAACCGUUGAACAACACAAAUUACAGAAAAGCACGAAAAGAAGCGGGCAUGAGCAGAACUGAAGAGGAUUAAAAUGGAUUGCACUCAGGUUAACUUGAAAAACAGCGGUCCGCUUCUGUUGAAUUUGUCACUAUUUGCGAGAAGGUGUGGCCUAAAAUGCUCGGGAAUCAUAAUAUGUCUUCUGUGGUCAUGAUGUUUUCGGUAAAAAGUAUUUCGUCAACCGAUUUGUAAUUUUACGCUUGUUUAACUAGGAAUAUAUAAGCAUAAAAUAUAGCCAACCCUUCGUGGCCGAGCUCGUUUUUAAUCCUUUCAGUCAGCUGCCAGAGUGUCUUGUGAUGUAUUUUUAACUUAUGAGGCUGUGAGCGAAAUGCUUUCAUUGGUUUAACCGUUAAAAAGCUCUUUGCUAAAACUUUCUCGUAGUACUGCUUGUUUUUUUCAAAGAGCAUUUAAAAAAAUAAAUUUGAAAUUCAUGUUGUCGAAUACUUGUGAGAGUGAAGAGGUUCCGAUGUGCGAUAGCAUAAGAGCAUAAGUAGAAAGGAACUCUUCCAGAGCAACAAAAACCUAAAAAGGUCACUAUAUGCAAAAUCAAAUAGACACUAACAUAGGUCUAACCGUAUUUUUUAGGCGAACGGACAGGGAAUUACAAAGUCGAAGAAGGACAGUGCAACACUGGAACCAAGUAUUUCAUUACACGCGCUGAUGUUGCAGAAUUUUUGCUUAAGACUUUGGAGAGUAAUGAGUUUAACAGAAAAGGUUUUGCCGUGGCUGGAUUAUGAGAGUGUUAGAAGUGGUUACAUCCGUGCUAAAUUAAGAAAAUCCCGAAAUCAACAGAUAUUAUCGCGAAAAGCCGAAUGUCUAACCCAUGCAAUCCACGUUUUCGCACGAUUUUUAACCCGUAGUGGUAAAGUAAGUAGGUAGAUAUCCAUGCUUUGUUUCUGUUAGCUUCGGAAUUCUCUCAAUAACAGGGUAGAACAUUAGAUGGUGUAUAUCGAGAUUCGCUCAGAGGUGUGAUAAAAGUUUAGAUGGUUAAAGGAAGUUCUAAGACCCACACUUGAAACAAGGACCAUAUUGAAAAAGUAUUUUAGAAAAUUCAAAAUUAAAAUCUGCUAAAGAUAAC